AUGGAGUUCGUGGAUGCUAUUGGAGAGCUUAAAGCUCUUCCAGAUGGCACCCACCUACUUUGUGCACGACAGAGCGCCGAUGACUAUGGGCAAUACGAUGAUCCCACCGCGGUCGAUGAGAAAGGCAAAAGUGUGAAAGAUUUGGUGGAAGAGGCAACGGCUCGCAAAGAGAAAUUCCUUUCUUGCAUGCGUAUCCUUGCGUACAAUGCAGACGGCAUCGAAGAACUGCAGAGCUGGGUCUUGAGCAAGUUGGAUGAUACCCUGGAGAAAUGCGACCUUUGUAUCAAGCAGUAUUACAUAGGGAAGAUCUGGCUCAUGGACCUAUUGAAGGAGGAAUAUGACGAGGAAGACAUCGAGACUUUCUCGCAGCGAGUCGACGAGAUAGACAUCAAACGUGUCACGCGUAACUUGUCUACUGCCGUACAGCAGCUCAGGAGCGUGCCGCCGGAGAAAAUUGUUUUGAGCGUCCUGGACCGAGCAGCCUUGUUAUCUAUCUUCGAGACACUGAGUUGUGAGGCCAUGCUAAGGAACGAUGGCCUCCUACAGCAAUUCUUUGACGAGCCGUUCCGACUGGUUCAGACAAACCGAAGCCUAAAGAUCAAUGACUACGUGCCUGCGGUAACUCGUUUCCUCUUCGAUUCCAACCAGGGUAGAAGUUUCUGGGCCAUCUCCACCUGGACACGAUACUCUCGUCCUCCAACCACACUCGAGUUCGAUUGGGCAAUCCGGGACGGUCUUCUCAGUGCGCUUCAGGCUGGCUCAGCCCAACCGCACCAAUUCGCGCUAGUUCAGCGUCUGUGGCGUGGAAUGCAGCUCAUUACGAAGAAACUAGACAGCUCACAGAUCACCCAUCAGCUCCGGGCUUUGGAGAUUGAUCCUUGCCGAUUGUCUGUUGAUCACCUUGCCAUCCCUACCCCUGGUCUAAGGUUCCUUCUUAACACCAUUCAAACGAUGUUGGAAAAGGCUCCAACCGAUUUCUGGGAUGCAAUGCAGACUAUUUCGCCGCAAGCAAUCAUUGAACAUACCCUCAAUAACCCCCAAUUUCUUUCGUUUUUGAUGCAGACUGCAGAUGGCGAGCCUUACGCGAAAUCGGCUCUGAGAGAUAUGCUUUCGUGGAUGCUGCCUUUCCUUUGCUCACUCAAAGGCGCACACAAACCAUCAGCUUGUCGAGCCUUCGCAUUGCCAUUGCUGAAGCGUUUUCAAGACAAGCAAUUCCCUAAUUUGGCCCGCUACCAUUGUUUUCACGUCGGCCUGCUCUGCCUCCUUCAUACCCUCCGCUUCUUCACGGAUAAUGAAGGGCAACGAAGCUCGGUGGGACAAGUCGUGCUCAAGGAAACCAUGGAAGUUCUUGAGGAAUGUAUCCAUAUCAUUUUAGAGCCACCGACCUUUAGCGUGGAGGCGCAGCUUCAGGAAGGUAUCGUCAACUUAUGUCUCGACGUCGUUCGCAACACGCUAGCAUUGGAAUGCCAAUCUUUGAAGAGCGACUAUGAGGUUAUUUUGAAAUCCGGUACUCUCUCGCAUGGUGUCUCGACAUCUACGGGGCCUAUCUGGGAUGCUGUCGUUAGACAUCUCCACCAAGACAACCUCGGGCUCUCAACGUCGGCCUUACUGGGGAUUCUGCCCCUUGUGGGUCUGGAGAAAUUCCCUACGAAGGGGGAAACCAAUCAGGAAAAGACUCAUUUCAAUAUGAUCUAUGGUCGUCUUACCCACCUGUCCUGCCAGAUCAUCGAGCGGCUGGCCGAUUUUGACCCGUCCCACGUGAAGAAACUCUUUGAGAGUCAAGAUGUUACGUGCUCGCUGAUUUCCACGCUAUUCGCAGCUGACCUCAACACCUACCAAGCUGCUAUCGACAUGAUUAAGAACCUCAGCGGGCAGUCAGCUCGUCGAGACGCCAUCUCGUACUUGCUGGAUUCAUACUUCAACACCAGCAUGUACGGUCUCAGCUGGUCAUUCCGACGAAUCUCCACCAUGAAAACAUUUGCGUCUGCGCCAAGAAUGAUUCAUACCGGUCGUGACAUCGUAGAAAUCUUUUGUAACAGCCAGACAGGCAUACUGCGAACGCGCAGUCUCAAAGACCGCCGGGAGGUACUUUCACUACAGAAACUAUGGGAGUUCAUGUGGCUUGCGUUGAGUACGAUUUUCGACGAGACCGAAUCCUGGCAUAUGCGGGGCAAUGAGAAAUCCGUAAUGCUUGAAUUCUGUCGCGACACGAUCGAGUUCGCCGAUUUUCUCUUCAAUCAAUAUGGUGUUUUCCUGGGUGCGGUGGGCGAAGCUCUUCCGGAGGCGUCCCAAAUCUUUCUCAAGCCCCCAACGGUGACCAUGAGUGCAAUGGUCAAGUGGCUGAGACUGAAGGAUGAUUUUUUGGCCAACACCCUAGUGAACCUUGUAUCUCAGUUGUUGCGGAGGCUGGGGAGCUUAGAGGUCACCACAGUGAAGUCAGACGCUCUCAGUUUCAUCGAAGGCGUUGCAGUGAAUGGGACCAUCAAAACAAUCCUAACCCCGCGUGACAAGGCGGAAUUGGUUCGCUCACUCGAGGCUUAUUAUAAGAAGCCCUUGGUUACUGCUUCCACCGCUUCACUCAAAAAACAGUCUUCCAUUACUGCAUUCACUAAGACCGCUGAGGUCUCCAGCCCCACCUCUCGUGCCAGUGAGGAUACCUUCGACGAUAUCCCCGACUCUCAUCUCUUGGAACUCUCUCGCUCUGUGGAACUCAACAAAAAUCGCAUCGCGGCUCAAGCCAAAGCCAAACCCUCCCCCAACAUGCUCACCGUCCAGAGACCACGGCUGCCCUCUGGGUUGGCCAGCUCGGCUAGGGCUGCCAUCCCAUCGCGCCCCAGAGACGAUGUGAGUAGUGUGUUGUCUUUCCGCGAGAAGCGCGAGCGGGAGAAAGAAGCCAAGAAAAGACGAGACCUCGAGGCAGUGGCCAAGCUGAGGAAAAACAUGCCGGCGCGUGGCGUCGCCGAGCAGACGGCCGAGCAAGGAUCAGGGCUGAAAGGUAUUGGUAUCAAGGGUAAAGAUCACGCGAUCCCCGGCGAAAGUAUGAUGGUUUCUUCUGGCUCAGAAUCUGACUCGUCGAGUGAAGAUGAACUCGAUAAGGAACUCUUUGGCGCCAAGUCGAAGAAGCCGGAGGCCGUCAAGGCUUAUGAACAAAGCAAAAAACAGUCCGUGCAACAACAGCCCGUCAAGAAGGUGAAGCGCCACCGCUCUAUGAAGGAUAUGCGAGCACGAUUGUCCCCGGAUUUGUCUACCCUGCACCAUGCUAUUCUGGCCUGGGAUUACUUCGCAACCGGUGAUCUUCCGCCGACCUCAGAGAAGCGGGACUAUACCUUGGUUUCCAACACUUUCCGCUCCCCCACGGACUACCAGAGCACCUUUGAGCCUCUACUAAUCUUGGAAGCCUGGCAGGGAUUCCAGCAAGCCAAGGAAGAAGGGAUCAUCCGGCCUUUUGAAGUGAAAAUCAUGUCCCGUCUCACUGUCGACUCCUGGAUCGAAUUUAGCACCCAGAACCUCGGCCCCCCCUCCAAGGACUUUUUCUUCAGCGAAGGUGAUCUCAUGCUGUUCUCGACGUCGCCCAACCCCACUCAGGACCAGAAUGCCGGCCAUGUGCUUGCCCGUGUUUACCACAUCAACCGUAAGGGCAACAAGCAAGAGGUCACCUUCCGGAUGAACCCAAUAGCCGCAAAAAGCAGUAUAUCUUCGGCCCUUGCAACUGGAUCUACUGCCUGGGGCGCCAAGAUUACCUCGCUGAUUCCCGUGGAGCGCGAAUAUGGUGCACUAAUGGCCCUACAGUUUUAUGAUCUGGCGGAUGAAAUCAUCCUGGCCAAGCCAUCUCCCAUCUUAACUUACUCCGACGCCAAAAUGCAGUCCUUCAUGGACAACUACACUAUCAACCUUGCCCAAGCUAAGGCAAUCCGAUCUGCGAUCGAUAACGACGGGUUUACGCUCAUCCAGGGCCCUCCGGGGUCAGGAAAAACAAAGACCAUCACCGCACUGGUCGGAAGCCUUCUGAGUAACGUCCUUGCCAAUGUCGGUAUUCCAAUUGGGACCGGCAGUCAUGCCCCGCCACCCCCUUCCCGUAAAAUCUUGGUCUGCGCGCCCAGUAACGCCGCGGUGGACGAGCUUGUCAUUCGGUUGAAAACCGGUGUAAAAUCAAUCUACGGGAGCACACAUAAGCUCUCGAUCGUCCGUCUCGGCCGCAGUGAUGCGAUCAAUUCUCAGGUGCUUGAUGUGACUCUCGACGAGAUGGUCAACAAACGUGGCAGCCAAGACCCCGCAGCAGGGAGCGGACCCGAUCUGCAGAAACUAUACGAAGAGCACAAGCAGACAGACAACGCGUUCAAGGAGGUUCGCUCGAAGCUCGAUGAGUUUCGAGCAAAGGGUUCGCCUGUCCCCGAGGCACUGGAACGCGAAUUCGAGCUCCUGAAAAAGAAGCGCUCCCAACUCAGCACGGAUAUCGACAAGGCCCGCGACCAAAACCAGUCGACAGCGCGAAAUGCCGAAUUGCACAAACGUGCUGUUCAGCAACGCAUCAUCAACGGGGCUCAUGUCAUUUGUACCACUCUCAGUGGUUCCGGGCAUGAGAUUUUCCAAGGCAUGAAUAUCGAGUUUGAAACGGUGAUCAUUGACGAAGCGGCUCAGUGUAUCGAACUGAGCGCUCUGAUUCCUCUGAAAUACGGCUGUUCGAAAUGCAUCCUUGUCGGUGACCCGAAGCAACUGCCGCCCACCGUUCUGUCCAAGAUGGCGUCCAAGUUCCAGUAUGAACAGAGCUUGUUCGUCCGCAUGCAAAAGAACCACCCGAAAGAUGUCCACCUGCUGGAUGUCCAGUAUCGUAUGCAUCCGGAGAUCAGUCGCUUCCCGAGUAUGUCUUUCUACGACAACCGGCUCCAGGAUGGCGAUGGCAUGGCCAAGCUUCGGACUCGGCCUUGGCACCAAAGCGAACUUCUCGGCCCUUACCGUUUCUUCGAUGUGCAAGGCAUGCACCAGAACGCUACCAAGGGCCACUCUUUGAUCAAUUAUGCUGAGAUCCGGGUCGCGAUUCAGCUCUAUGACCGUCUGCUUACGGACUUCAAAGGCUACAAUUUCAAUGGGAAAAUUGGUAUCAUCACCCCGUACAAAGGCCAGCUGAAAGAGCUCAAGCAGCAAUUCUCACACCGAUACGGCGAGGAUAUCCUGAAGAAAGUUGACUUCAACACUACGGAUGCCUUUCAAGGUCGCGAAAGUGAAAUCAUUAUCUUCUCCUGUGUCCGGGCCUCCAACAAGGGCAUUGGUUUCCUGGCUGAUAUCCGGCGUAUGAACGUUGGUCUCACGCGUGCCAAGUGCUCUCUGUGGGUGCUGGGUAGCUCUCGCUCCCUUGUGCAGGGCCAGUUCUGGAACAGUCUGAUCCAGGACGCACGCACCCGCAACAUUUAUACCGAAGGCAACAUCGCGCAGAUGCUCGACAGGCCCCAAUUCACCGGCUACAAACAUGUUGAAAUGGAGGACGUCGAGACGAUGCCAGCGAAGGCCGUAGAUCCGACCCCCGAGAAGAAGCCGGAGGAUAAACCCAAGUCUCCGAGCCCCGUUGAGGUACCUCAAGUCAAGCCAGUCGAGUCUUCGGGAAAGUCCCCCAAGCCCUCGAUCCGAAGCCCGGGACCUGCUGGCCUCGGUAGCGUCGGCGCAACUCCAGCCAAGCCGGGUCAACCUCCGGUAAAUAAGCUCAAGCGGCGGAGGAAAGAAGAAGCUGAUCCUUUCAUUCGGCCAAAGAAGAGAUAA